AUGGCUAUGAAUAUUACUCAUCAGAUCGGAGCUCUCGCCGGAACUCCAAUCUCGAUAGAACCAAUCACUACUACCACAAGUGAAUCUACGGCGACGGUCAGCGCUGCUGCGGUGUGGAAAUCGCCGACGACAACUCUUAUGUGCAAAAUUCAAAAGCCAGACGCAGUAGAGCAGAAAUCGCAGCCGACGAGCCCGUGCAGGUCUCCUAUACUAAGCGGAAUUCGGGCAGAUCUUUCGGUGGCUUGCCGCGCAUUUGUGACGGAGACUUCGGCAUUAGAGACAGCAAUUGAAGGACUAGAAGAGAGGAUGUAUAGAGGAGGUUCUGGCAAGGAGAAAGGUAAGGGAGUGCCGGUGUUUGUCAUGAUGCCGUUGGAUAGCGUUACUAUGGGCAACACUGUUAACCGGAGAAAGGCUAUGAACGCCAGUUUGCAGGCGUUGAAGAGCGCCGGAGUUGAGGGAGUGAUGAUGGACGUAUGGUGGGGAUUGGUAGAGAGAGAAGCGCCCGGAUCAUAUAACUGGGGAGGGUAUGCUGAGCUUUUCGAAAUGGCGAAACGACAUGGACUUAAAGUUCAGGCAGUGAUGUCGUUUCACCAGUGCGGAGGCAACGUCGGCGACUCUUGCACUAUCCCAUUGCCCCAGUGGGUUGUGGAGGAGAUUAACAAAGACCCAGACCUUGCAUACACGGAUCAGUGGGGAAGAAGGAAUCAUGAGUAUUUAUCUCUUGGCUGUGAUACCCUUCCAGUCCUCAAAGGGAGGACGCCAGUGCAAUGUUACUCCGACUUUAUGCGGGCUUUCAGGGACAACUUCAAACACCUUCUUGGAGAUACUAUUGUGGAAAUUCAAGUGGGAAUGGGUCCAGCAGGUGAACUUCGCUAUCCUUCGUAUCCAGAGCAAAAUGGGACAUGGAAAUUUCCAGGAAUUGGUGCCUUUCAAUGUUAUGACAAGUAUAUGCUUAGCAGCCUGAAAGCUGCAGCUGAAGCUGCUGGUAAGCCAGAAUGGGGUAGCACAGGCCCUACUGAUGCUGGUCACUACAACAACUGGCCAGAAGAUACUCAGUUCUUCCGCAAAGAAAAUGGUGGUUGGACUAGUCCUUAUGGUGAAUUCUUCCUUAACUGGUACUCUCAAAUGCUCAUAGACCAUGGUGAGAGAAUACUAUCAUCAUCCAAGGCAAUCUUUGAGAAUACUGGCGUAAAGAUUUCAGUAAAGGUUGCAGGAAUUCACUGGCACUACGGAACACGCUCUCAUGCCCCAGAGCUUACGGCUGGGUAUUAUAACACAAGAUUCCGCGAUGGUUACCUUCCUAUUGCACAAAUGCUAGCACGACAUGGUGCAGUAUUCAAUUUCACAUGUAUCGAAAUGCGCGAUCACGAGCAACCACAAGAUGCCCUUUGUGCACCUGAGAAGCUUGUUAGGCAAGUGGCUUUAGCAACUCAGGAAGCACAGGUUCCACUUGCAGGUGAAAAUGCCUUGCCAAGAUAUGAUGAUUAUGCACACGAGCAAAUCUUGAGGGCAUCAUCGUUAAGUAUUGAUGAGAAUUCUGAUGAUAGAGAGAUGUGCGCUUUCACAUACUUGAGAAUGAAUCCUCAUUUAUUCCAAGAAGAUAACUGGAGAAGGUUUGUCGCAUUUGUGAAGAAGAUGAAGGAAGGGAAGAAUGCUAAACAGUGUCGCGAACAGGUUGAGCGAGAGGCUGAGCAUUUUGUUCACUUAAGUCGGCCUCUAGUUCAAGAAGCUGCCGUGGCUCUAAUGCAUUAAAGAAUUUAGUUGGGUUUGCUUUGUUAUAGCUGCCUUUUUUAUGUUGUAGCUAUAGAAAUGUUCCCCAGCUGAGCACCCCAAAAAAAAAAGGGUAGCACUUGGGAUAUAUAUCAAUGUGCUAUGUUGUACUAUAAUAAGGGAUUCUGGAUAUUUAAGUUGUUAAAAUACAAAGAACAUUUUAUUUUUUUCCAAAAAACAAAAAUCAUCAACAGGUUGCUGUUAAUAAAAAAAAUCAUCUCUAUUUCUAAUUCAAA